CGUAUUUAUCACAGUAAUCAAUGCGAGUUGCUCGUCAGUUAAUCGUAAACAGUGGUCACGAUCAGUGUGUUUAAAUUGUGAACUGUUAUCAAAGCAGCAUAUUUGAAACAGCUACAACAUUAUCGUCAAAUCAACGACAUAAGAUGGAAAAUCUAAUCAACGGCCACAAUCGUAAUGCGUACGAUUUAGAUGGCGUUUCAAGAGUUUCAUCAACCGACGGAAGCCCUCACAAAACUCUCGUAUUAAUCGUAUGUUUAUCGGGCCUUUUAUGCGCAACAAUUAUUGUUAGUUUAGUGGUAUUCCUAUUGCGAAAAUCAACCAGAAACGAAUUUAUUAUGAUGCAGCACAUAAUAUCAAACGCAGAGCCCAAAUCACAGAGAGAACAAAUGGAUGUUGAAUCACAAGAGCCACAGCCUAGUACAAGUUGGGCAGCUGAAGCAAUCACAUGUGAAGAACCUCAACCGAGCACGAGUCGACCCAAAACGAAGAUUUUCGCGAUAUUCGGUUCAUCAAAGCAAUCUUUUGAUUUGAAUUAAGAUUAAGUGGAAAUUUGGGAUAAAAAAUGAUUUUUUUCGAUUCAAACGUCGAUCUUAAGCCAAAGACUUAUGAUAUUCAGUAUUUUUUUUAGAUAUAAAAAAUAAUAUUACCUCAGUUUAAGUCAAUUAAAAAAAUGUCUCUAAAUUAGGGAUACGAUUUAUGAGUGAAAAAAUGUUGAUUUAUUUAAUGAUUAGAAGGGUUUAAUUUUUUUU